CGCAAUCGCUCGCGCAUAUUGACUCCCAGCCAAGACCCGAUCGCGAGAAUCCUCUACAAGGCUUUAGAGCACUCUAUCUGGCACUUGCAAAAUGAGCGGCUUUGCGCCUCCCUUCCCGCAGCCGGCCGCGGCCUGGCAAGAACACAAGACGCCCGAGGGUCGAGCGUAUUACUACAAUAACGUUACCAAGGUGACGCAAUGGACCAAGCCAGAGGAGAUGAUGAGCUCGGCUGAGCGCGCUCUCCAGUCUCAGCCAUGGAAAGAGUACACCGCAGAGGGCGGGCGGAAGUAUUGGUAUAAUACCGAGACGCAGCAGAGCUCUUGGGAGAUGCCUGAAGCAUUCAAGAAAGCUCUGGGUUCGACUGGUGGGCCGAGCAAUCCCGUUCCCCAGACUCCGUAUUCGCAAGGUGGCGGUUAUCCAGCUACAGGACAUGACUACUCUCGCGAUUCCCGCGACUCCCGCGAUUCCCGUGAUACUCGCGAACCGUACCCCGAAUCUCGUCAAAUAUCCUAUGGAAACGACUCCAAAGCGCAGCCAGCCUUCGUCCCCGCCACGAAUGACCCAGAAUAUUCCUCUCCAGAAGAAGCCGAGGCAGCAUUCGUCAAGCUGCUGAAACGAAGCGGCAUCCAGUCAGAUUGGAAUUGGGAACAAACGAUUCGCGUCAUUGCCAAAGAUCCGCAGUUUCGUGCAAUUAGGGACCCAAAGGAGAGAAAAGAAGCUUUCGAGAAGUACUGCCAGGACAUGAUCCUCCAAGACAAAGAGCGUGCCAAAGAGAGGCUGACCAAGUUGCGUGCUGACUUCGAAACGAUGCUGAAGCGGCACCCUGAAAUCACCCACUAUACUCGAUGGAAAACCGCUAGACCCAUGAUCGAAGGCGAGACCAUUUUCCGGUCCACCGACGAUGAGGACGAGCGCCGACAGCUCUUUGAGGAGUAUAUCAUCGGACUGAAGAAGGCUCACAAGGAACAACAGGCUAGCCAGAAGAAGAGUGCCAUGGAUGGCCUGAUUGAAUUGCUUCCCAAGCUCAACCUCGAGGCAUACACUCGCUGGGCGGAUGCUAGGGACAUCAUUUCUUCCACUCCAACUCUUCAAGAAAACGAAAAGUAUCAAGCCCUUAGUCAAUUUGACAUCUUGACAGCUUUCCAAAACCAUAUGAAAGGUUUGGAGCGGGCCUUUAUUGAGAACAAGCAAGAGGAGAAGAGCCGCAAAUUUCGCCAGGAGCGCACGGCGAGAGAUGCUUUCAAGUCUCUGCUCAAUUCUCUCCGCGAAGAUGGCAAGAUCAACGCCGGAACCAAGUGGAGCCAGAUUGUCCCUCUCAUUGAAAAUGACGAACGCUACCUCAACAUGGCUGGCCAGGCCGGAUCUACUCCCCAAGAAUUGUUUUGGGAUGUGGUAGAAGAAGAAGAGCGAUCUCUCCGUGGCCCCAAGAAUGAUGUGCUUGAUGUCCUUGAAGAUAAGCGGUUUGAUCUCACCCCAACAAGUGAUCUUGAGGAGUUCCUAUCCAUCAUGAAAGAUGAUCACCGUACAGCUAACAUUGACCGCGACAUUCUCAAAUUAAUUUUCGAUCGCUUGCGCGAGAAGCGUGCCUCGAAGCGCGAAGAUGAAAGACAGCCCGACCGGCAACAGCGCCGGGCUAUUGAUGAUCUUCGUGCGUACAUUAAGCGUCUAGAGCCGCCAGUUGCACUGAGCGAUACAUAUGACAAGGUACGACCUAGACUACUGAAAUCAGAAGAGUUCCAAGCCGUCGUCUCCGAAGAGUUUCGGCGAAGUGCCUUUGAGAAACAUCUCCGUAGGUUACGCGAGAAAGAUGAGACCGAUCGUGCCUAUCGACGCCACGACCGAGCUUCCAUCGAAAGAGACGUCUCAAGACGGGAAAGGGAUCGAUCUCGCGGCGACCGUUCACAUCGCGGCGGCGGGCGUGGUGGCCGGCGUAGCCGCAGCCCAGAACCCGAUGCAUAUGAGGCAGAUAGGAGAAAGGCGAUUGCCGAGCGCGAGCGAAACCAUCGCAAGUCUACUAUGGCAGAGAACCUUUUGACCACCGAGCGUAGUCGCCUAUCGCCUCCGCCAUCACGCCGCGAGCGCGAUCGUGAACGUGACCGAGAACGUGACCUGGACCGUCCCCCUCGCUCUAGGCGCGACGACGACGCGUUCUAUGACCGCGAGCGCAGAGACAGGGAAGACGAGAGAGAACGGCUCUACCGCCGUCGUGCUGAUCGAGGUUCGUAUGACGAACUCCCCUAUGGAGAUGAACGCCCAGCAGCCCCUCGGCGUCGUCGUCAGGAAGAGGAAGACGACUACGCCCGUCGGGAUUCCAGAGAUUCAAAGAGACUCAGAAGAGAUCGUUCACGUGAGCGCACCCCCCCUCGUGAUGGACGUCACCGCAACAGGACCCCAGAACCAGAGCCAGCCAAGGAUGUUCGAAGCGGCAGCGAAGAAGGCGAGAUUGAAGAGUAAUCGAGCCGGUCACUACUUUCACAGCAUAUUUUCGUCUUCUUUUUCCUAUUCUUUCACUAUCUGGCUAGUAAUCCUUUUUUUUUUUUUUUUUUUUUUGCACACAUAUUCCCGGACUUUGCCCAUGUACUCUACACAACUCCCAUAUGUAACAACAUCAUGUAGCUUCACACAGAUGGUCAAAUCUGUACAUCGUAACAAAAAUAGCUUCAUCUUAUUGAUCC